AUGACCCUCACCAAAGGCUCCUUCACCUACUCCAACGGGGAGGAGUACCGCGGCGAGUGGAAGGAAGGUCGGAGGCACGGUAUUGGGCAGCUGACAUUUGCCGAUGGCACUGCUUAUGUGGGACACUUUGAGAACGGGCUCUUCCAUGGCUGCGGUGUGCUCACCUUCUCUGAUGGCUCCAG